UUGACAACCAUCCUCUAUCCAAUUCAGUUCUGAUGCUGUUUAUAACUUCUCUAGGUUUCUAGUAUGGAAGCUAUGGAAACUGCUAGAUUACUUGCUUCGAAAGAAGGUUUGCUGAUAGGAAUAUCAUCUCGUGCUGCAGCCGCAGCUGCAAUACAAGUGGCAAAGAGGCCCGAAAAUGCAGGGAAACUCAUUGUUGUAAUCUUUCCCAGUUCUGGAGAGCGUUACUUGUCAUCUCCAUUGUUUGAUUGCACAAGGCAUAAGGCACAAAGCAUGACCUUUUAUUGAGAUGUUAACCUCUAAUUUCUAUUCUUGUACCAUGCCCUCUGCAAGAACUUUUCAGUUAAUGAAAAAUUCACAGCAGGGCAAGAAAUAAUCACUUUAUAAUAAAUUCACUGAGCUACA